AUGGUGGAAGCCAAUAUCAACACUUUGCUUGGCUCAGUCGGUUGGGAGCAGAUUGAACCUGAGGAGGGCAAGUUUGACUUCGAGCAGCUCGAUCUCUCGAUCCAGGCGGCUCGCAGACAUGGGCUUCACUUGAUUCUUCUCUGGUUUGGGGCAUACAAGAACGGUGCUUCGACGUACACACCGUCAUGGGUCAAGACGAAUCCAACACGUUUCCCCCCAGCGCUGGUGAAAAACGCAUCCGGUGGUGUGGAUAUCACCCACACUCUCUCGCCUCUGUCUUCUGAACUUGUGUCAGCCGACGCCAAAGCAUUUACGAAAUUGAUGCAACAUCUUAAGCAAGUCGAUCAAGAGCAUUCUACUGUCAUCAUGGUUCAGGUUGAGAACGAGCCUGGACUUCUUGGGGGCUCCCGCGACCACUCUUCGCUGGCUAACAGAGUGUUCACGUCCCCAGUGCCUAAGGACCUGGUUGACUACUUGCGUGAGGACUGGGGUGACCUCGAAAUCACUUUGAGAACAGAGUUGGGGGGCUUCAAAGACCGCCACAUUUCUUCCCAUGACCCCUGGGGGUCGGUGUUCGGUCCCAACACAAUAGCAGAUGAGCUGUUUAUGGCAUAUCACUUUGCCAAGUAUGUUGAGACUGUGGCUGCAGCGGGAAAGGCUGCCUACUCGCUCCCCUUCUACACCAACGCUUGGCUCAGUGCCGGAGACGAGGCAGAUCUACAAUUGCCCACGCCUGUGACUGGUGGAGACGUACCAGGAGAAUACCCAUCCGGAGGCGCGGUGGUCAAGGUCCUUGGCCUAUGGAAGCGUUUCAGUCCAACCCUGGACUUUAUCUCCCCAGAUAUCUAUGUUUCCGACUACGCAGGUAUCUGCCGCAAAUACCGGCGUAACAACCAAGCGUUGUUUAUACCAGAGCAGCGCCGAGACGAGUACGGCGCCAGGCGAAUAUGGCAUGCCUUGGGGUCUCAUCAGGCCAUUGGGACAGCCCCUUUUGGAAUUGACACUCUCGAUCCUAAAGAGAAUGCCUUCAAGAAACACUACGGACUACUAAAAGAGGUGGAAGCUCUAUUGUUGGCCAGUUACAGCAGGCCAAACUCGAGCGUAGGUUUCUUUUUCGACGACCUGUCACCUAAUGGGACCGAUCCAUCCCCUUCCAUUCAUGCCUCCAUUGCGGGCUGGAACUUCAAGAUCGAGAGGGCCGGUGUCCACGGAAAGCCUGGCCCUGGAUAUGGCAUGGUGAUUCACCUUUGCCAGUCCCGUUUUCUUCUCGUCGGCGAGGGGUUUCAGGUGAUCUUUUCUUCACCUGAUCCAGCCAAGCCCUUUACGGGAAUUCUGCAUUUUUGGGAAAUGAAGGUUUCCAACAAAGAGCGAGGAGAGCUUCAGGCUUUACGAUGGCUGAAUGGCGACGAGACAGCCGGUGGAAAGUGCUUGGUGAUGCCGAGUGAGAAUCCCGACUAUGCAGGGUCAUUCAUACCUGUGACUAUCCCCGCGGGGACCAUGAUUGCUGAGUGUGAGCCCUACGCAUUGGAUAGGAUUGUUUUACAAUAG